AUGGUUAUCCUUGCUGCGAAACAAAAUAAAAACGUUCCAUCAAGGCAAUCAUCCAGUAGUGAUGAUUCCGAUGAUGAUACACCAGUGAAAAAAGGAGUCUCGGCUCAAAUUCAGAAGAAGGCAGCAAUACCUCCACCAAAGGCAUUGAUAUCGAAUGGAAAUCAUAAAAAGAAAGAUUCAUCAUCUUCGUCAGAUUCAAGUGAUGAAGAUGAACAAAAACCAUCUGCCAACACGACAAAAAUACAACCUACUCAACCUGCUAAAUCUCUAUUGAAACGUAAAGCAGCUUCGUCGAGUAGUUCAGCUUCUGAUUCCGAUGAUGCUGCACCACCAGCUACUAAAAAGCAACCACCAUCUACACCAACUAAAGUUAAUGGAAAAUUAGUUAUUAGAAAACCUACUGCACUAACACCAGCUAGUAUUUCAACUAUAAAAAAACAAGUUUCAUCAUCCGAUUCAGAUUCAUCAGAUGAUAAUAAACUAAAGAAAUUACCAGUAAAAGCACCAAUAGUUGCUAAACCUGUUCAACAGCUCGUCAAAAAACCUGCUUCAUCAAGUAGCAGUGAUUCAGAUGAUGACGAACCCGUCAAAAAGACACCAGUUCCAUCAAAGGUAGCACCAAAAUUUGCUAUACCACCACCAACAAGUCUUACAAAUAAUAAGAAGAAAGAUUCAUCGUCAGAUUCAGAUUCAUCAUCAGAUAAUGAUAAAAACAAGAAAGCACCAGUAAAAACAACACCAAUUGCUGCAAAACCAGUUAAAAAACCUGCUGCAUCAAGCAGCAGUGAUUCCGACGAUGAUGAUGAUAAACCAAAAAAUGUCAAACCGGCAAUGUCUAAAGCCGUGCCAACUGUAGUAAAGGCUGCAGUACCAGCUCAACUUUCAAAUAACAAGAAAAAAGAUUCAUCAUCCGAUUCGGACUCAUCCGAUGAUGAGGCCCCGAAAAAAGCACCAGUGAAAGCCGCACCAGUAUCGAAACCAGCUCAACAACCGGUUAAGAAAGCUGCUUCAUCCAGCAGCAGCGAUUCAGAUGAUGAUAAAACAACCAAAAAGACAUCAGUUCCAACUAAAGUGCUACAAAAAACUGCUGUACCACCACCAGCUAGUCUUACGAGCAAUAAGAAAAAAGAUUCAUCAUCGGAUUCUGAUUCAUCAUCAGAUGAUGACAAACAAAAAAAGGCACCAGCGAAAGCAACACCAGUAGUUGCAAAGCCAGUCCAGCAACCGGUGAAGAAACCUGCUUCAUCAAGCAGCAGUGAUUCCGAUGAUGAAGAUAAACCAAUAAAUAAAACUCCAGUUACAUCAAAGGUCACGCAAAAAGCGGUUGUAACACCAUCAGCUAGUAUCGCAAAUACAAAGAAGAAACAAAGCUCAUCUGAUUCAUCAUCAGACGAUGACAAACAAAAGAAGGCACCAGUGAAAGCAACACCAGUAGCUGUAAAGUCAGUUCAACAACCGGCGAAGAAGCCUGCUUCAUCAAGCAGCAGUGAUUCAUCAGAUGAUGACAAACCAGCUGUUGUGAAACCAGUUGUAUCGAAAGCUACACCAACUGUAUCCAAAGCUGCAAUUACUAAAAAGAAAGAAAGCUCAUCUGAUUCUGAUUCAUCCGACGGUGACAAACCAACUGCUAAGACACCAGUUCUAUCGAAAGCACCAGUUACACCACUGAAUAAAACCACAGUUCAAGUUGCAGCUAAAAAGAAAGACAGUUCAUCGGAUUCUGAUUCGUCAAGUGACGAUGGCAAAAAGAAAAAGGUUGCACCUGCAGUUACCAAACCAUCAGUAGCAACAACUCCAAAACCACAAGCAGCAGUCAAAAGACCUGCACCUUCAAGCAGCAGUAGUGAUUCAGAUGAUGAUACACCAGCUAAAAAACAAGCUGUAUCUAAAGUUAACACACCAGCUGUUAAAAAGCUUGCUGUUUCGACGCCAGUUGUUGCAUCAAAUAUUAAGAAGAAAGAUUCUUCAUCAGAGUCAGAUUCAUCGGACGACAAUAAAAAGAAAUCUCAAGCACCUAUGAAAACGAAUCCAGCUCCAUCGACAGUAAAAAAAGUUUGCAGUUCAAGUAGCAGCGAUUCCGAAGAGGAAAUGCCUGCAACAAAGAAAUCACCAGCCAAACCAAUUAUGACACCAGCAUCCAAACCAGUAGUUGCUGCAUUGAACAAAAGCCAGAAAAAGUCGAACUCUUCAUCAGAUUCAGAUUCAUCAAACGAGAAUGACAAGAAACCAGUGGUAACAAUUACCAAUAAACCGAAAGCAACUCCAAUUGUAACAAAGAAAGACUCAAGUUCAAGCAGUAGUAGCGAUUCUGACGCACCAGCAAUAAAAAAACCAACAUCAACAACACCUGCUAAAGCUCCUGCUACACCUGCUACUCCAAUAUUCAAGAAACCAAUCGCUACUACUCCAGCUACUGCUACUAAUAAGAAGAAACAAGAUUCAUCAUCUUCAUCGGAUUCAUCAGAUGAUGAUAAACAAAAGAAAACACCGGUAAAAGCGCCGAUAGCUGCUAAAAUUGUACAACAACCAAUUAAAAAAGCUGUCCCAUCAAGUAGCAGUGAUUCAUCAUCAGAUGAUGACAAACCAGCAAGCGUCAAACCAGUCGCGUCAAAGGCUACACCGACUGUAACAAAACCAGCAGUAUCAACACCAGCUUCGGUCUCUGCUACCAAGAAGAAAGAUUCAUCAUCUGAUUCAGAUUCAUCAGAUGACGAUAAACAAAAGAAAGCUCCAAUUGCUGUCAAACCAGCACAACAGCCAAUUAAAAAACCUGCCUCAUCAAGCAGUAGCGAUUCAGAUGAUGACAAACCAGUCACAAAGACUCCAGUUGUUUCCAAAGUUACACAAAAAGCUGCUGUACCACCACCAGCUAAUCUCAAGAGUAUUAAGAAGAAAGAUUCUUCAUCAGAUUCAGAUUCCACCGAGGAUGAUAAACAAAAAAAGUCACCAAUAAAAAAAGUAACACCGGUCGCUGCAAAACCAGUUAAGAAACCUGCUUCAUCAAGUAGCAGUGAUUCCGAUGAUGAUGAUAAACCAGCGAUCAAGACUCCAGUUGCGUCAAAAGUAGCACUGAAAGUUGCAAUACCACCACCAGCUGGUCUAUCAAGCAAUAAGAAGAAAGAUAGUUCAUCAGAUUCAUCAUCAUCGGAUGAUGAUAAACUGAAAAAAGCACCUGUGAAAGCAGCACCUACGCCUGCUAAACCAGUUCAACAACCGGUUAAAAAACCUGCUUCAUCAAGCGAUAGUGAUUCAUCAGAUGAUGAUAAACCAAUUGCCAAAACGCCAGUUGUAUCGAAAGUGCCAUCUACACCAGUGACUAAAAGUGCAGUUCAAGUUGCAGCUAAGAAGAAAGAUAGUUCGUCUGAUUCGGAUUCAUCAAGUGCUGAUGACAAGAAUAAAAAAGCUGCAUUUGCACUUAACAGACCAUCGUCCACAUCUACUCCAAUGCAACGAACAACUAAAAAGGCUGCGUCUUCGAGCAAUACUAGUGAUUCAGAUGAUAAUACUACAGCUAAACAAUCAGCUGUAUCAAAGAUUGCUUUAGCACCUCCAGCUAAAAAGCCUGUUGUAUUGGCACAAGCUACGGCACGAAUUUCGAAAAAGAAAGAUUCAUCAUCAGACUCAUCGUCGGAUGACGACAAGAAAAAAACAAAACCAAUACUUGCAGUUACUAAAUCAGCUCCUACACCAGUAAUAAAGAAGGCUGCUAGUUCAAGUAGUAGUGAUUCAGAAGACGAUAAACCUGUGAACAAAAAGCCAACACAACAAAUCUCAACUGUUAAAACACCUACUACACCUGUUGUUUCAAAGAUUGCCAAAACGCCGGUUGUAUCAAAUAAUAGCAAUAAGAAGAAACAAGAUUCGUCUUCAUCGGAUUCUUCUGAUGAUGACGUAAAGAAACAACCAGCUAAACCAACAGCAACUACACCAGUUCAAUCGAUCAAACGUAAAGCAGCUUCGUCAAGUAGUUCGAGUUCAGAUUCCGAUGUUGUUCCCGUACCUACGAUUAAAAAACAAUCAAUACUGCUAAAUAAAACUAAUAUUACUCCAGCUGUACACAAAGCUGUUGUAUCUACGCCCGUGAAUGUUUCAAAUAACAAGAAAAAAGAUUCAUCAUCUGAUUCAUCCGACGAUGAUAUUAAAUUAAAACCAGCAGCUUCACCAGUUAAAUCAACACCAAUCACAAGACCUAGUCAACAACCAAUGAAAAAGCCUGCUUCAUCAAGCAGUAGCGAUUCCGAUGAGGAUGCUGCUCCAGCGAGCAAAAAGCCUGCUGUCUUGAACAAACCAUCAGUUCAACCAGCGAAUGUGUCAAUUAAUAAUAAAAAAGCUGCUGUAGCAGAUAGCAGUGAUUCGGAUUCUGACGAUGACAAACCAAUUAAAAAAACUCUCACGAAUGGUUCGACUAUAUCUAAACCAUCGGUUGCAGCCGUUAAUGGCAAUAGCAAUUUAAAACGUAAAGCACCAUCAUCAAGUGAUGAGUCCGAAGAUGAAAAACCAGCGCAUAAAAAUGUUUCACUUAAUGGUUCAAUGCAAAAAGAGAAUCAAAUGAAUAAAUCACAAAAUAAUGGAAACGAAAAACGUACAACAUCUCCAUUUCGUCGUGUUCGCGAAGAGGAUGCUGAUCCCGAGUAUUUACAAAAAAUGGGGAAAAAUUCAUUUGAAAAUAAAGCGGGUGCACGUGGUUCAUGGGGUGAGAAAGCGAAUGCUGAUUUAAAAUUUACUCGCGGUAAAAGUUUUCGUCAUGAAAAAACGAAAAAGAAACGUGGUUCAUAUCAUGGUGGUAAAAUUGAUUCGGUUAAUACAUUUUCAAUUAAAUUUGAUGACUCAGAUGGCUGA